UUUUUAAACGAUGAUAAAAACAUCGUGUGAUAUAUUGCGAGCCAUGUUAAAAGAUAAAUAGAAGAAAACUGUUGAACAAACGGUAUUUAUUGUACAGAGUUAUAGUUACCUGAGAUGACUGACGCAUUUGUCCCCGUUGACUUGGACAAGCUGCUGGAUGACUUUGAACAACAAGAUUCUUUUUCAUCUCCAGUGUCCGGUCAAAGAAGAUCUUUAGUAAAUGAUCAAGGUUACUCACAUUCCAGAUGUUCAACCAAUGAUAAAAAUACAGUGGAAACACCAUCUGGAUUUGCAAAUAAAUCAGAUUUCCCAGUGAAUGGUUUAGUUACGAAGACUGGCUCAAAAGAAAACCUUAAGGAUAUGAUUUCAAACACAGUUCCUAAUUUGACUCUUUCAGACAAGCUUAAUCAUACAAAACCGGCUAUUGACUUGUUGUCAACUGAUGUUAGUGUUUGUAAUGGUAUGUCUGUUGAUGAUAAUUUUAAGCAUAAUAGAGAAGCAGGACAUACCACUGACCCAGGGCAAAACUCAAGUUCGGAUAACUUAAUGGACCUUACAGAUGUAGCUGUCACUUCUGAACCUUCUAUCUUAAACAAAGUAGAUUUAUUGGGUAAUGUUGGCCCACAUUCAGAUCCAAUACCACCAGACAUUACUAAUGGAAUAACAGACAAAAAAACUUCCCAUGGUGACCUGUUGAGGGAUAUGUGCCCUGGUAAUCCUAAUAUGGCAAACAAUUUGCAUCAGGAUCUUCUACUAUUAGAUAUUGAUAAUCCUAUUGAUCAUUCCCAGAGAUCAAACUCAAAUUUUUCUCAGACAUUUCUCAAUAAUGAAGCUGUUCAGGAUUGUAUUCAGGGUCCUAGUGGUAACCUCAUUAACAUGCCUUCCACAUCACAUAUUGAUAAUGAAAACUCACUCAUUGACUUAACUACAGACAACACAAGGACGGAAAUGUCUAAGGUUGAUAAUAAAGACCAAGAUUUACUUCAUGGUGAUGAUAAACGUAGUGAUUUGUUAGCAGACACUGCCAAUGGGGAAUUACGGUCACACCACGAUUUUUCUCGUGAAAGUACUCAAACAGAACCUCCAAAACAGCCAUUAAUGGACCAAACGCCUGUUGCAGAUUUAAUGGGAUCCCCUCCAGGUGCAGUAGGGAGCGAUACGUCAUCGGCCAGUGGUUCGCUAAGUAAUGUUCAUAAAGUUAACGAAUAUAGUGAAGCAUUCAAUAAAAACACGCAAGGCGCAGUUUUUAAUGUUGCUCGUUUAACUGAGGAAGAAGAAUCCUUGCUCUUCAUGCAAGAUCAUUUUGGUGAUCCUGACAUGGCAGAAGGCAAUGCAGGUGUUGUAAACACGCCCGUUGCUGUGACUAAUGUAAACAGUACAUCUGGGACAAAUGAUAGUGGAAGAAAUGGCGAUGUGGAAGAUAACACGCAGGCCACACCAACAGAGUCCAUUCCUGUUGGUCAAGACGCUGUAGCUGAAGAUUCAAAUGGACCUCCAUCAAACAGUUAUGAGGUACUCGAAUCUGAGCAAUCAUUUCAGCUUGGGUACAACCCACCAUCUUGGGUUCCAGAUAGCAGUGUGCAAAGAUGCAUGAGCUGUCAGGCAAAAUUCACCGUGGUCAAACGGCGCCAUCAUUGUCGGGCCUGUGGAAAGAUCUACUGUUCAUCUUGUUGUAAUUUGAAGUUCAAUCUUCAGUAUUUGGAGGACAAAUUAGCCCGGGUUUGUCAAACAUGUGCGAAUGUUCUUUUACAGAGACAAGCAGCUUUGGCCAAUCAGAAUACGGCGGUCUCUGACUGUGACGAAGCUGGGAUGUAUCUUUAUCUUAAUCCCGAACACCCUGAAGCACCAAUUGAACAAGCACCGUCACAGGAAGUGCAGGAUGUUGUAUCACGUGCUGAACCGCCACCCGAGUAUGAAGAGACAGAAUCGCAAACCUUCACACCUAUCGAGGUUGCCUCUGUUGCUCCAGUGUUUGCUGAAGACACUGGAAACGAAUCAACACCACAGGCUACCCAGUUUAGACCAGCAGCCUGUUCGAGCAGUUCCAGCAUGUCAAGUGCUGACAUCCCAGUAACUUCCAACAUUCCGUUGCCGCCAUUAUUAAGAAAGACUAACGAAGGUUUAAAAAUCGACGAAUCACCGAACCACCAGGAACUCUUGUAUCUUUUGAAAAAGAAAAAAGAAACUGUGACUUUCCUCUUGAAUAAAAAUUUGGUUGUGAGAGUGAAGAUUGUAAAAUUGAACUGUUGUGUAAAGCGAAAAUGUUGGUGUUUCAGCAGUGAAGGAAUGCAAACUGCUGAUCAGGAAGACAUGGUGAUACUUUUAGAGUGUGUUCCUAAGGAAUCUUCAAUUCCACAAGACGUCUUGUCUCACUUCAACACAGCUUUCGCCUAUGCUAAACAAGGUCACAGAGUAACAGAUCUGGGCUAUACGAUAUUUGGACAGCCUUUUUUGGGCUCACUACGAAAUGCAGGGUUUCUUUACGUCAAGUCUUCCUUCCAGUGUUUAGACAACUUAUUGUUGCCAUCUGGUCCUCAUAUCUUUGGUAUACUCAUUCAAAGAGAAGAGGUGUCCUGGGUUCAGCUUUUCCCAAUCAGACUUCUUCUACGUCUCGGAGCCGAGUAUCGAUAUUAUCCCUCACCAUUGUGGAGUGUUAGAGAUCGAGAAGCUUUGUACGGUGAUAUUGGUCAUACGAUUAUGGAUCUUCUUGCAGAUUUUAAAAAUUUCCAAUACACCUUACCCAGAGUUACUGGAAUGUAUGUUCACUUGGAAGACAAGAAAGCUGUCAUACAACUACCACAAAAUCGAUAUGAUGAGGUCCUAAAGGUCCUGAAUGCAACCGAUGAAUACGUGAUGGCAUUUGAAGCGUCUUUCAGUAAUGUUGCCGACUCUCACUUGGUCUGUAUACAAGAGGGAGCGAAUUAUAAAACUCAGUGUAUAAAUAUUGAAGGACAAGAACGAAAAGUAACUGGUGCAAGUUUCAUCGUCUUCAAUGGGGCCCUAAAAACUACGAAUGAUGUAAGAGCCAAAGUCAGCGUUGUGGAAGAUGGCGUGAUGGUUCAAAUGAUCAAACAAUUGAGUGAAGAAAUGAGACAGGCGAUGCGUGAGAUGAGUGACUUCACUAUUGAUACUGGAUGCCUUGAUACUGAUGGUGCUUCAAUACAACAGGUUGUAUUUGAGUGGGUUUCGAAAAGGAGUCCUGAUAUGCAGAGCGUGUUAAGUCCAAUUGACGGUCAAACACUUGGAACAACAUCAGACAUCAAGAUCAACACACACUUUGAUUUCUCUACACCAAGUAUCUUUAGACUACGUUGGACUGAGUUGUUUUUCUUGAACCAUACCGGGGACAGACCUGCGCGUAAUCUGCCUGCUCAAUUCAAACAAACAACUGCGGAUAUUGCAAAGGCCUGUACUGUAGCUCUACGACCUUAUCUUUUUACUCUUUAUCAACUUGAGAAACGCCGCAUCGGAUUACGAGUCAACCUCAGCCCGGAUAUGGUUGGGUACAUCAUUGGUUCACAAGGUCAGACACUGCCGGAUGAAAUGGCAACUGACCUGGACAAUGAGCUUGUCCCCGCAAUUCACAAUGCAGUGAAUCCCUCAAGCAGCAGCACACCUUCGUCCAUGGAGUUUCUUUUUAACAUUGUAGAAAUGUUGAGCUAGUUUCACGAGAAACCAAGGGAAGGUUAUGUAACAUAGAUGGAGAAGAAACUCCAACUAAAUUGAGAAGGGGAGGAGGGAGUGUAGGCGUUAAAAUAAUGACAGUGAAUAACAGACGAACGUGAAUUAGGAGAAAAACUAGAUUUAAAGGAUAUGGCGGUAUUAA